AUGGGCGCGGCUCUUAGUACGCAGAACGAAUCGUUGGAGGAACUUUUGGACAUUUACAAAUCCCCAGGUAGCCGGCCAGCAGAAGACGUCAGGGUGCGACUACUCGAGACUCUCUACUUUGGAAGUGUUCCUAGCUCAAUUGUGAACCGCUUCUACGCGCAGCACAUCACAAAAGCGGGAUCUCCACGUAUAUGGACGGAAUCUACUUUCACGGACUUUCUUAUCAAGGCGUUCUCUACCCAAGAGCACAUUAUUCGGCCAGCUUCACCGGUGUUGUUCCGGAGUCUUCUUCAUCAUGGAUGCUAUCCCUUCAAGCCGAACAAGGAUGAUAUCGGCCUCACCCUGGAAAGGUUGGGUACUGGCGUUGCAUUUAUGGCAGCCGCAGACAAGUUCAGCAUCGUCGUAAACGAGCAACAACCGCGAAGUACCUAUCAACAUUCCCGCAAUUGGGAAGAAAGAUGCCGACUACUCUUCCAGAGUCUAUGCGAUACUGACUGGGCGCGUACUUCUUCCGAGGCCAGCAGAACGAGUGGUGACGAUUAUGACCUCAUCGCAGUGCUUUAUUCAAGCAUGCCCCAGCCAGGGGAGAGCUACCCAUUUCCAUCCGUUGCUGCUACACUACCCAGCUCGUACUCGUUAGAGCUAAACGGCAGAGUUCUUCUCCACGAUAUUGCGGCUUUGAUUAGGCUACUUCUUGUGGUGGCGGCAGGUCAUACUGAAAGCUCACGUGCCGAUAUCCAGAGUGGACUCGAUGGUGCUAUCUCCUCGCUUCUGGGCCCUUUUCAAACGGAGAGCAUUGGAUGGGGCUUGUUCAAGACUACCUUAGAGACCCACAUGCCGUAUUUGCUUACACAUCUGGCCGCUUUUGUUCUCUCCCAAUUCCCGAUCGAAGGUUUUGUUACUUCUGAUCUGAAAUCAGAGCUCGAUAUAGAACUGUGGCCAUUACCACCUGCCAUCUUAGGUGAACAAGGUAGUCAAUCACGCUCGUUCCUUAGUUUAGCACAGUUCUGCCAAUUGGGUCUCUUUCUACGACGAAAAUGGUUCCUUAGCACACUGUCCAUUCUUCACCAAGGCAAACCUCAAGCUCUACAACCUUCUACCAUCCACAUUCUGAUCUCUGGCACAUCGCCACGACUCUUUCUCAUCCGUGGUACAAUCGAGGGAAGCUCUCCUGUCAUUUUAGGUGCUUAUCUUCCGUCCCUCUCAGCCUGGGAACCAAAGGAACUCAACGGCUGGUUCAAGCAAGAGGAUCCAUUUUGGCUCCCAAACACGGAUAAUGACUGCUUUUUCCAGCUCUCGCCGACUCACGCAGUAUAUCGAGGUGUGUAUGAUAAAGCUAGAGUGGAUGUUGGAGCCCGCGGUACGCUUUCAUUCCACAUCGGAGGUGCUUCACUGUGGUUCGAGCAGGGACUGAGACGGGGAAGUCUUUGCGAUUUGGGGUUUAAUUUCCACCUGAGAGGCCUUCAAUUUACGAAAAUACCAAAGCUGGAAGUAGCCCUACUUCAACUUGGAUCCCUCUUUAAAUCUGCUACCUAUUCGGGCCAGUUUUGCGAGAAGACGCGCGAGCCAAUGGAAUUAAUGUCUCUAUUGCUUUUCCAUUAG